AUGGCUUCGUCGGAGUUUUACCAGGCUCACCCUCCCAGUCCGCCGGUACCGCUUCCUUGCGUCCCGGGCCCCAAACUGGCUCCGUUUACCCCAACUGCUCACGCCAACAUCGAGUUCAUCGAGUCUCUCGGUCGCAAAAACGACAAGGAUUCUCUGGUCUGGAAGGUCAUGGUCGAUGGAGCUGGGCCCUUUGCCCUCAAGAUGUUUUGGUUCCACCACUGGGAAUUUCUCGCCGAAAAUCAGCGAGGCCUCCCGGGACCACUCGCUAGUCCACAGGUCUAUGUCGACUACUUUGACCCCUUCAACAAUGAGUGCCGUGCCUAUGGCCGACUCAAGGAGGAGAAGCGGGAGGAUGUGGCCGUCCGGGCCCUCGGCUACCUGCUUCUCACGCCUCAGCAGGAGGCUGACUUGGCCCUGAUGGUGGAGGGUCGGUGUACCACCCCGCCGCCUUCCGCCGACGCGGCCACUCUAAAUGGCGACAAUUUCUGGCAUCGGCACGAGCAGCACCGCGGGAUACCCGUCCGGGCAAUCGUCAAGGAGCUCGUCCCCUGCAAAGAUCCCGAUCCCGCGCAGGCACCGCGCAUGUGGGAGGACCUGCAAGCCCUCCACUCGCUGGGUAUACUCGUGAACGAUACCCACGGCGGCAAUUACCUGGACGGGAAGCUCGUCAACUUUAGCCGCUCGCGUACUAUGUACCAUCCGGCGUUGGGCCAUAUCACCGCCCGUGAACUAAAAAGCCUAAUGUGGGACGAGCUAAAUGAUUUGCUGGACUAUUACUACGAGUUGGCGAACAGUGGUGCAGGGUCGAGCGUCAUUCCCCAAGACCUCGACGGUUUCUGCGCAGGGGACUAUGGCCAGUACAAAAAUCUCCCAACGACCUAUAAGUGGCUCAAGUGGGCGAAGGACCCCGAAGCGGAAAUAGCGUAUGUGGAGCAAACGGUGUUUGGGGACGUGGAUUACUGAUAUCCCGGCGUGCUGUGGACCUUUCUUUGUAAUACAAAAGGCACCUCGGGAGCUGCAAACACAUUGUGCGCAUUAUCGGUCACUGAGAAAGGGAUCGCACGGGUGGGC